AUGUUCGACACGGACUUUGCAGGCAUCUGCAGUGUCAUGAACUUCACAAAGGAGGUAGCCAAGCUUGAGACGCCCAACGUUUCCCGCCUCGUGAAGGAGCAGGAGUUUUGCGUGAGGGCAGAUUGGCGGCAUGGCGACCCGAACACAGGGACGCUGCACGAGGCUCGCCCGCGAACGCGUGCUGCCAGACGUCUGUCCCGCUGCUCCCCCAGUUUGCCCUUGCGUGGCUCUUGGUACAUUUUGACGGGCGAUGCACGGUAUGUCGUAAUCUUGUCCGCCGCCAUAAAGAGGCACGUUGGGGCACAAGAUGCUCCAGCCGCCAUGGGACAGGUCGGACAGGAUCCCCCGAUAGCAGAAACGGCCAUUGCUGAAUACGUUCUCCAUUCUGCUCAUGUAGAAGCUUGCCAUUUUUUAAGUUUUUAG